AUGGAGGUGGAGUCUGCGGAGGCCCGGCCCCCAGGUCCUGGCUACAAGCGAUCUGGCCGCCGCUACAAGUGCCUGUCUUGUACCAAGACAUUUCCAAAUGCACCCAGGGCAGCGCGCCACGCUGCCACCCAUGGGCCUGUAGACUGCGCAGAGGAGGUGGCAGAGGUGAAGCUGAAGCCAGAAACAGAACCUAAAGCAGAGGAUGCCAGUGGGGACAAAGUGUCAGGUGCAGCGGCUAAGCCUCGGCCUUAUGCAUGCCCGCUGUGCCCCAAGGCCUACAAAACAGCACCUGAGCUGCGGAGUCACGGACGCAGCCACACAGGCGAAAAGCCCUUCCCUUGCCCGGAGUGUGGCCGCCGCUUCAUGCAGCCUGUGUGCCUGCGCGUGCACCUGGCCUCGCACGCUGGUGAGCUGCCAUUCCGCUGCGCGCAUUGCCCCAAAGCCUAUGGCGCGCUCUCCAAGCUCAAGAUCCACCAGCGUGGUCACACGGGUGAGCGGCCCUACGCCUGCGCAGACUGUGGCAAGAGCUUUGCUGACCCUUCUGUUUUUCGCAAGCAUCGGCGCACACACGCGGGUCUGCGGCCCUAUGGCUGUGAGCGCUGCGGCAAGGCCUAUGCCGAACUCAAGGACCUGCGCAACCAUGAGCGGUCCCACACUGGUGAGCGCCCCUUCCUCUGCUCAGAGUGCGGGAAAAGCUUCUCCCGUUCAUCCUCGCUCACGUGCCACCAGCGGAUCCAUGCGGCACAGAAGCCCUAUCGCUGCCCAGCCUGUGGCAAGGGCUUCACACAGCUCAGCUCCUACCAGAGCCAUGAGCGCACUCACUCUGGUGAAAAGCCCUUUCUGUGCCCCCGUUGUGGCCGCAUGUUCUCUGACCCCUCGAGCUUCCGGCGCCACCAACGGGCGCACGAGGGCGUGAAGCCUUACCGCUGCGAGAAGUGUGGUAAAGACUUCCGGCAGCCUGCGGAUCUGGCCAUGCACCGGCGGGUGCACACAGGGGACCGGCCGUUCAAGUGCCUGCAGUGUGACAAGACGUUCGUGGCUUCCUGGGACCUCAAACGUCACGCGUUGGUGCACUCAGGCCAGCGGCCCUUUCGUUGUGAGGAGUGUGGGCGAGCCUUCGCCGAGAGAGCCAGUCUUACUAAGCACAGCCGGGUGCAUUCGGGUGAGCGCCCCUUCCAUUGUAACGCCUGCGGAAAGUCCUUUGUGGUAUCGUCAAGCCUGAGGAAGCACGAGCGGACCCAUCGAAAUAGCGAGGCCACAGGGGCUCCCCCACAACAGGAGCUGGUAGUGGGGCUAGCUCUACCUGUCAGCGUGGCAGGGGAGGGCUCAGUGGCCCCAGCAGCGGGUGCAGGGUUAGGGGAUCCUCCAGCAGGGUUGCUAGGGCUACCCCCCGAAUCAGGCGGUGUGAUGGCCACCCAGUGGCAAGUGGUGGGCAUGACUGUGGAGCAUGUGGAAUGCCAAGAUGCUGGGGUUGGGGAGGCUCCUGGUCCCUUGGAGGGAACAGGCGAGGUCGGGGGUGAGGAGGUUGAUGAGAAGCCACCACAGUUUGUGUGCCGAGAAUGCAAGGAGACAUUCUCCACUCUGACGUUGCUGCGACGGCACGAGCGCUCACACCCAGAGCUCCGCCCCUUCCCCUGUACCCAGUGUGGCAAGAGCUUUUCAGACCGGGCUGGGCUACGCAAGCACAGCCGUACACACAGCUCUGUGCGCCCCUACACCUGCCCCCACUGCCCCAAGGCCUUCUUGAGUGCCAGUGACCUACGCAAGCACGAACGCACCCACCCUGUGCCUGUCAGCAACCCCACCCCCCUUGAGCCCCUUGUGGCUUUGCUAGGAAUGCCUGAAGAGGGGCCAGCCUGAGGCCCAUGCUCCUUUGAACUUCUAAGAGCUCAGCCCCCCCAUAGGGUGCCUCACCAACCUCCCUUGGCCCCAGUUUACUCUUUAGCCUUCAGAUCCCUGUGUCCCCGCCCCACCCCCUGGUUGCUGGCUUACCUUCCCG